CCGCUCGCUGCGUCCGGUGCGCGGCGCUUCUGGAAGGAUCCGGGCGGCGGGGCCCGGCGGCGGGGCCGGGCGGGAGCAAUGUCGGGGCUCCUGCACACCACGCUGAGCGGGCUCAACAGCGACUCGUACUGCGAGAUCAGCCAGUACCGGGACCAGCACUUCCGGGGUAGCAGGCAGCUGCAAGAGAAAUCUCUGAAGAUUUCCUCUACGCUGUAUGUCGGCAACCUGUCCUUUUACACCACCGAGGAGCAGAUCCAGGAGCUCUUCUCCAAGUGCGGAGAUGUCAAGAGGAUUGUCAUGGGUCUGGACAAGAUCAAGAAAACCCCCUGUGGCUUCUGCUUUGUAGAGUACUACACGAGAGCAGAUGCUGAGCACGCCAUGCGGUUUAUCAACGGCACGCGGCUGGACGACCGCAUCAUCCGCACAGACUGGGAUGCGGGGUUCAAGGAGGGGAGACAGUAUGGAAGAGGAAAGACUGGAGGACAGGUGCGAGAUGAAUACCGGACAGACUACGAUGUGGGAAGAGGUGGCUUUGGCAAGAUCAUUCAGAUGCAGAAGGCAAAUCAUCAGCCUGCAAUCUAUUAACUGCCUCGUGGGUCCCAGCUUGUAGAGAGCUCUGUCCUUCCAGAGCUAGCCCUGUUCUCGCAUUUGGCAUCGAGGUGUGGAGUGAGAUCCAAGUUCCAGCAAAAGGUGACCCUCCUCAGACUGUGGGUAUACAUGUGUUCAUUCUCCCUUCUUUCUGUGCUAGAGAGGAUGUUCUGUGCUGACACAGGGCAACAAGGGAAAAAGAUGGACAUCUCUCUAGGAUUCUGGACAAGAAGAACUGCAGCAUGUCAUACACACCUUACGCUAUGACAUACUCUUCAUGUUGCACUUAAGCAGAUGGCUUCCUCCAAGCUGUAACUGCAGCCAUGUUUGCUUUCAAACAGAACUUUCUUUAAAGGCUUACCACCAGUGGAGCCCUCCACGUGCCUGAGCACCUUGUGGGGAUGCACAAGAGAUUCAGGUUUCUAAUUUACAACCUCACCUGCUUAAUAAACAGUAUCACUGUUCAAAUGAGAGAAGUAGACAAGGUCUUAGCAUCCACUUGGAGGUGCCUAUCUGCACAUCUAGACCUUGGGUUGGUCCAGGCCUGCAGAGCAUUUUCCUUUAUGAUGCCCCCAAUGCUGCCUGGCUUUCCAGAUCCUCGCUAUUCAGUGUGAUUUUAUUGAAAGUUUCUGUUAAUUUUUUUAAAUAAACRAUUGUAUUGGGUCUGGCUGA